AUGUCUUUUAAUCCUAACCUCAUUCCCUUUGAUGAUACCUACAUCCUCUACGAUAAGACUGAUCCAAUCUCGUUCUUAGCAGCCUAUUUUUCACUUUUGCCGAUUGGUGUCUUGAUAUUUGAAUUCUCAUGGUUCAUCAUAACUAGAGAAUUAGAGGCAUGCAUUAUGGCAGCUGGCCAGGUUGCCAAUGAAAUUUUCAACAACAUUGUCAAGGAUAUAAUAAAACAACCGAGACCGUUUACGUUUGGUGAUUCAUUUCAGCAAGAUACAGUUAGGUCCGGUUAUGGUAUGCCCAGUGCGCAUUCUCAGUUUAUGGGAUUUUUCGCUGCUUAUACAAGUCUUCGGUAUCUAUACUGUUGGAAGUCACUCACUCACAAGAAACGGUUAGCAGGUUGUGGUUUUGUUCUUACUUUGGCUACAUGCGUUUGUUUUUCGAGAGCUUAUUUGAAAUAUCAUUCCAUUGGACAAGUAUUGGUCGGAUUUACUCUGGGAGGUGCCCUAGGUUCCACGUAUUACGUGGUUGUAUCGAUCAUAAGGGAGGUCGGUCUAAUAGACUGGUUACUCACUUGGCGUAUAUGCGAUUACCUGCAUGUUAAGGAUUCAUGCAAUUUAGCGCCAAUAACUUUGAAGGAAGAAAAGGAUGCAUAUUACCGCAGGUUAGCCGUGAUGAAGAAUUCAAAGCUGGAAUGA